GCGAGCGAGGAACUGGCUCCAAGCACGCGCGCUCCCGGCUCACAGCCUUAGAGCGGCUCGCAGCUGGUUUUGCGCGGCUUCGCCAGGUGCAGCGCAGCUUAGGGCAGCGGAGCGACAGCAGCAGAACCAUUUGAAAAUAAGUUGCAGACAAGACACUGUACCUGUAAAUACUUCAGCAUGUAUCUCCUAAGAACAAAGAUAUUCUACUAGUUCAGGACAAAGAGGCUGGGCCGGCUGGUGCCAUCAUGGCAGAAAGAGUGAACAACUUCCCACCACUGCCCAAAUUCAUCCCGCUGAAGCCAUGUUUCUACCAAGACUUUGAGGCAGACAUCCCUCCCCAGCACCUCAGCAUGACCAAGCGCCUCUACUACCUCUGGAUGUUGAACAGCGUCACGCUGGCCGUGAACCUGGUGGGCUGUCUCGCGUGGCUGAUCGGAGGUGGGGGAGCUACCAACUUUGGCCUCGCCUUUCUCUGGCUCAUCCUCUUCACACCCUGUUCCUACGUCUGCUGGUUUCGGCCCAUUUACAAGGCCUUCAAGACUGACAGCUCCUUCAGCUUCAUGGCAUUCUUCUUCACUUUCAUGGCCCAGCUGAUCAUCAGCAUCAUCCAGGCUGUGGGCAUUCCAGGCUGGGGCGUCUGCGGCUGGAUUGCCACCAUCUCCUUCUUUGGAACAAAUGUUGGCUCGGCGGUGGUGAUGCUCAUUCCCACCAUCAUGUUCACAGUUGUUGCUGUCUUUUCCGUCAUCGCCCUCAGCAUGGUUCAUAAAUUCUACCGGGGCAGUGGGGGGAGUUUCAGCAAAGCUCAGGAGGAGUGGACCACGGGUGCAUGGAAGAACCCACAUGUGCAGCAAGCAGCCCAGAAUGCAGCCAUGGGGGCAGCCCAGGGUGCCAUGAAUCAGCCACAGACUCAAUAUUCUGCCACCCCCAACUACGCAUACUCCAAUGAGAUAAACCCCUCGAGCCACUCUGCCUAUGUCCCUCCCCAAAUCCCUAGCUGCUGUGGCCUGAUGCUACCACCCUGUCCUGCUCUCCCUGAAGAGCUGCGUGGUGUCCAGACAAAGGUGUAGCUAAAGCGGAGGGUAUGUAAAUCAUUAUUGGUUCCUGGGUGAGGUCUGGCUAGUUCAGGCCUGCUGGGAGGUACUAGGUAUCUCUGAGUGAUUGACCAUUGGAUUUCUGGCAGCGGUAGCUGUUCUGUGUGGUCUGGUAGAAGGGGUAGGCUCAGAGGGCUGGCCUGGAGGGAAGAUCAGAGGAGAGGGCAGGCAUGGCCCAUUGAGAGGGGUGCAUGACUCCCCUUUUCCAGCUUGCUCUUGGUCACAGGGCAGUUCUGGGCACUUGAAUUUAGGGCUCAGAAAUGAAGCACAGGGCCAAUCUUAUCUGCAUGUGCAACGGUUGGAAUGGGAUUUCAGGUUAGUAAUGGUGGGAAGGGAGGCUCUCUGGCAUGUUUUUUGUUUUUUUAAGUCAAAUUAACCAGCUCCCUUAUGCCUACUGGCCUUGGUUCCUGGCCCUUCUUCACACUUUGCCAGAACCCCUUUCUCUUCCAGGAUAGUGAUUUCAGGGCUAUAGGGCUAUUCUGUUCCAAGCAUUAUGAGAAUGUUGCUGUCAAAGACCCUGACUCUCUGAGCCCUGGAGGGGAGUGGACUCUCACUCAAAGAGUAGCUGCUCAUUUCCCACUCUCCCUUCUUCUACCUGAUUAUUUGGCCUGAAAAACCAAACCCUGCUUGGCCACUGUGGGCUGGUUCCAGCUUGGAACCUGUCACCUGUGCUUCCAGUUAUGAUCCUGAGCUUUGAGCUCUAAGUACUUCAUUUUCCUAUAAGGUAGCCAGGGCCACUAGAAAGUUAUCUUCCUACUGGUCCCUUAGGCUUGGGCUAAAGUAUGAUUGGCUCUCAUCUCUACUACUUUCUCUCUGGAAAGCAUUUUUCACAGCCCCUAGUACACUAGGUCUAGGUUCUUCCUUCCCUGUACUCUCCCCCAGCCCGGCCUCUGGUUCCCUUUCUCUUAGUCUCUUUGGUAGCUCCAGGAGGCCUGUGGUCCAGCUUCCAGCCCAGGAUCCAUGACCUGCUGGUUACUACCUCCAGUCGAUUUCCUUCCCUCCCUGCCUUUCCUUUGUCCUGGCUUAGACCUAUAUGGCUGUGCCCUGACUCUGCUCUUGGCUAGGCCUGCUACUUGUGUGUGGCAGAGCUUGUACAGGCCCUGGGAUGCUGCAUCUCCAGGCCACUAUGCACUUUUAUGAUGAAGAAACUAGAGUGAGAAGUUGGGGCUGGGCACAGAUUCAUCUCUGUGGGAUGGUCUGGGGGGUAGAAUGGAGGAAAGUCCAGGUCAGUUCUGGGAAUCCUCAGGUCUGCAGUCAGCCAGUGACCUGCUUUUGUAUUCUGCUGGUGCCCACUGCUCUUCCUUAUUUCUGGGAGACACAGACCAUUCUCCAUCUGGCAGUUGACCUGCUUGGGUCAAUGUGUGUGGUAACUUAGUGAACCAUAAUAAAGGGGAACAUUUGGCCCUGUGCAUUCUGCUGUGUCACUUGUCUUCACCUGGGCCUGUGUGGAACCUCACUGUGGGCUGUGAGGUGUGGAGGUAGGGUGGGUCAGUAGCUUGUCAUUCCCAGGGUCCAGAAGUCACCUCUGUGUUUUUUUUUUUUCCUGAGGCAGCCUUGAGUAGGCCUUGAAAUAGCCACAGAGGCCUCUGAGUUCCACAGGAGGAAGUAGAAGGCUGGAUUAGUGGGUGAAGGGUGGUUUGGUCCAGAUGGUCCCUGUAGGCAAAGGAAGAGCACAGAGGGCCUCACUCAGCUCUCAUGAUGGAGACUGGCAGCUGAUUGAGCAGCCUCAAGAAAUACAAGGGGUUCCAGGACACAGUGCACCCACCUGCUUUCUCCAGAUACCUUCUUGUUGCCCUUUGCUGUGCUCUCCAUUUGGACUGCUGUUUUGGCACUCUUAGCUCCUGCUGAUCCUUCCUGAUUCACCCUGAGUGACUCCUCUGAGAGGGCUUCCCUGCCUCUAGGUGUUUAUGCCCCUUUGCUUCUUCACGGAGGACUUUAUUCUGUAAUUUUCCGUGUCCCUGCUUGUCUCAAGAGCAGGGAUGCCUCAGAUUUAUCUCUGUGACCCUUGUGACUUAAAAUAGAAGCGGCUUGCUAAGUGUUGAGUAUUAAAUACCCCAAAUAUGCCCUGGCCAGUUUGCUCAGUGGUUAGAGCAUCCGCCUGUGGACCGAAGGGUUGAAGGUUCGAUUCCCAGUCAAGGGCACAUACCUGGGUUCAGGUUUGAUCCUGGCUCAGGACAGGGUCUUGUGCAGCAACCAGUCAAUGUGUCUCUCUCCUUUCCUCUCUUCCACUCUAUCUA